AUGAAGUCCGCAACCAUCUUCGCCGUCAUCGCGUCCCUGUACGCCUCGGCUGCCUUUGCCCAGACAGCCUGCGACCCCGCCGCCUCCGCUAUACCCACCUGCGGUGUCCCAUGUAUCCAAUCCGCUGCCUCAGGUGCUGGCUGCACAAACGGCGACUAUCGCUGCCGCUGCAGGAACUCGGCAGCCAUCCAGUCUUCGGCCCAGACCUGUGUUAUUAGCAACUGCGGCAUUCCUACGGCGCUGCAGGUACAGGCCAGUGCGAACGCAGUGUGUUCGUGUGUUGCCACUGCAACGGGUAAUAUCGUGGAGGCUACGGCUGUCUAA